CUUAUCUGUUGACAAACAAACUCAUCUGCAGGACCCUGAUGAAGGUUUAUUCAUGUUCAUGUAGCUAGCCCGAAAGAUUUAAACAAUGAGAUAUUUGGUUGUGGCCUUGGCGCUUUGCCUCGAGACAGUUACACAUGGGACGCCUUGCUAUGGUCAAACGAAUGACACCACAGGGGAUUUACCCCAAGAUACCAAUGUCAUGGACAUCAUUGUCAAAGCUAACAUGGAGUCCCGGAAUUUGAAUAAUCUUUACGAGGGCGAUAUCAUUAGACAUGCAUCGAGAGAGAAAAGAAAUGCAAUACGGGUCGAAAAUUGGAAGUGGAAAAAUAACAUUAUCCCUUAUAUCAUUGAGAAGAAUGGAAUAAAUGACAAAGGUUUGGCCGUGAUUCAGUUUGCGAUAAUCAAGUACAACAGUGUACAGUCCUGUGUCAGGUGGAUCCCGAGGACGAAGGAGGAGGACUAUGUCAUCAUCAAAGACGGAGAGGGCUGUCAUUCGUCUAUCGGUCGUGACACUGGACCUCAAAACCUCGUUCUGGGCUCUUCCUGUUACUACAUCGGUGUCAUAUUGCACGAGUUGAACCACGCUGUAGGGUUUUUCCACGAGCAGAGCCGGUAUGACCGAGAUGAUUACAUCCUUGUCAACUGGGAAAAUAUUCAAAACGAUAGGACAGGCGAUUUCACAAAGCAACAGAACAACAUUAUGGAUACUUUGGGAACUGUAUAUGACUAUGGUAGCAUUAUGCACUAUAGUUCGACUACUUUCUCAAUAAAUGGAAAACCUACGCUGGUGCCCAAAUUCAACACACACGGAAAUAUGGGACAGAGAUCGGAAAUGAGUGAAGUUGAUAUCUGGAAAAUAAACAAAUUAUAUGGCUGUGAAAAUGGUGAUCCACCAUUGCCAAUUUGGGCACGAUUAGAGCAGACGACAGUCACAACAUCAGUACCAGUCCCCUCAAGUACCCCAACAACAAACCGGUCAACUACCAAGCUACCAUCGACAACCCAGGGUCAUGUGACACACUCUCCCAUGACGUCAUCUCUUUUGGAGUCUUCUUCCACAACCUCUCAUACGUUACAGAUCAAAACAAGAACAAUACCUACAACAACUAAUGCAAUGACAACAAAAGCUACAACAACAACAAGAACAACACCUACAACAAGCAAUACAAAGACAACAAAAACAACAACGACAACAACAAUAAAGCCUUGUCCUGAAGAAAGUCGACUUCCUAGUGGCAUUCCAGGAAAAGUUCAAGACUUGAAAGUCUUUUUAAUUGAGAAUACGUUAAGGGUGUUUUGGAUAGCACCCUGUACAAGUGUCCCUUUAACAGGCUACAGGUUAACAAUUAAAAAUGGCCAGAAACACUCGACAAUAACAAUAGCACCAAAUCAUCGAUCCUACUACGUUUACACCGCCAAUCAUCCGGGCACUCGGUACGAAAUGACAGUGACGGCUUUAUCUAAGUCCGGAAGUGGAGAAACCUCAGAACGUGUAUCAACUGUUUCCGCUUGUGGGCACGAUAUUGUUCUACCAGAAAAUGGAAAGGUUGCUUCAAUUCACUCUCCCUACUUCCGUAACGAAUACUAUGAACCGGAUGUUGCGUGUCAAUGGAAUGUCAAAGCAUCUGAGGGUCAAAGAUUAAAAAUUCACUUUGACGCCAUCAACCUGGCAGAUAACACAACUUCCUGCACAGAUGAUUACGUCAUGCUUAACGAUGACCGCUUCUGCAGAGAACAUCCAAGCGGCGGAUAUUACGUCACAGUCGGCAGAGAUGCAAAAAUCAUAUUUAGAUCAUCGUCCAGUGCGAAUAUAAAACAUAGUGGUUUCAACUUAUCCAUUGAGGCUAUAGACACGAAGCCAAACGUAAAGAAUGUGAUCAAUACACCCGGAGUGAUUGGGCUAGCAUGGGAUCCUCCGGAAAAUUCCAUAAAUACUUCCUAUAACCACGUCCUUAAAUACAGAAUAUUACCGGAAGUAAAUCAAGAGGUCAUUAGGUUGGCACCAGGUGUCCACGAGUUUGUGUUUCCGACAGGACGAAAUAUAGGACGCCGGUACGAGAUUGAGUUAUCUACCUUGACUGAUAAAGAAGAAGGACGACCCGUCAAAUAUACCUUAAGAUCGGCUUGCGGUCAUAAUGUCACAGUUAAUGGCGUUGGAAGAAUUCAGAACCCGCCAUCUUAUGGUCUAUAUCAACCGGAUGUUGUUUGUGAAUGGCAAUUCAGUUCAUUUCAAGGAAGACAAUACAGAUUACGUCUCUUAAAUAUAGAACUGGAAUCUUCCCCAAAUUGUGAAAAUGAUUUUGUAUCGAUUAACUCACAGAAAUUCUGUGAAGCCAACCAUAUAACUUCUAGUACUUCUGUUUUUACCAAAACUGCAAAAGUUGUGUUUCGGACAAAUGGGUCCGUACAGGGAAAAGGUUUCAUUAUACAAUACGAAAUGGUAUCGUGAGUUUAAAAUUAACAAUGGUUCCACCAUUACCUGAAUGCGGGAAGUAAAUUUGUACAUUUCUUAAACUUUAAAUUUAUCAUUUUUGGUUUUUAAAAAAAACACGUUGCAAUUUUGUGGUUGUCAUAAAGCUGACUCUUUGUUUUCAAAAA